AUGGCUGAACCUCAAAAAGCAACCUCAGACACUGUGCUUGUGUUAAAAUCUGAAACUUUAAUGUCGGACUUUGGUAAAAGUAAUGAGUCAAAGCCAGCUGUGGAAGAGGUUUUGUUAAAACUCAAAAAACAAAAAGCCAGUGCAAAGACUGCAUUUACGAAGGCGAAAAAUAAACUCUACAAUAUGACAGAAGGUAAGGAUGUCCCAACUCGAAGGUCUGUUCGAGAUCAGAUGGAUCAGUUGUGCAUUGUCCAAGCAAUGGAAGUAAUGCUGAUGUUGUCUGAAGAAUACUCCAAAAACAAUGAUGUAGCAAAUUCUAAAAAACUUAGCAUUGAAAUAACUAGACUUGAAGAUGAGACUGAAAGUGCACAGCAACAUGCUCAACAGUACUUAAACUGUAGAUCAGAUGCUAGCUCUGUACUAAGUUUACGAACAGGGAUGUCAAUGUUGUUCAACCAGAAACAAGAACACGGUAAAAGUCAGAAACAAGAAUGUCCCGGAGAAAAAGGGAAGGACGUUGAACAGGCUCAGAAUGAGUCCAUAAAGACUUUUGUAAGAAGUGAACAUGAAUUAGGUCAACCAAAGGACAUGUUCACGGUUGAUGACGCCAGCACAAGGUCCUAUAUUAAUGCAGACGUUGCUGCAGAGCUAGGACUGCAAGGUAAAACUAAACAAGUCACUGUGAAUGUGUUGAAUGAUGAGAAAGCCACAUUUGAAACAAUGCCAGUAGAAUUUGGACUGGAAAGUAAAGGUGGUGAGGUUGAUGUUAAUAUUUCUGCUUUCACAACAACUAAGGUUACAGGUGAUUUGCAGGUUGUUGACUGGCAGAAAUAUGGCAAACUAUGGACACAUCUGCAAGAUAUAGACUUUCCUAAAAUUGCAUCCCCUCCUAUUGUCGAUGUCCUGAUAGGCAUGGAUAAUUCAGAACUUCACUAUUCCUACUCAGAGGUACGUGGGAAUCCAGGUGAACCUCUUGCACGGUUAACGCCCCUUGGCUGGACUUGUAUAGGGAACAUUGCAGGGACAGGCUCUGAUAAUCAGACUCACUUUUCUAGUACAUUCUUCUCUCAUUCAAAUGCUGAUGAUCAAGAUUUGAAUAUGUUGUUGCAUAGGUUUUGGGAAGUUGAGAAAUUCCAGUCUAAAGAGACUGAAAACAUAAGCCCUGAAGACAAGAAUGUAUACAACAGGGUGAAAGAUGCCUUGACGUAUGAGGAUGGUCACUAUCAAAUAGGCAUACCAUGGAAGAAAGAGGUACAUGCCUUACCAUCAGAUAACUAUCAGAUGGCUCUAAGUCGUCUUGAGAGUACAGAGAAGAAAUUAGAAAAGGAUGAGACUAUAGCUGCUGCAUAUGAUACUGUCAUUUCACAGUAUCACACAAACGGAUAUAUCAGGAAAGUACCUACUGAAGAAAUGACAAAUACAGGAAAGUGGUAUUUGCCUCAUUUCCCGGUUGUACGUUUGGAUCGUCUCACAACAAAAGUGAGAAUUGUAUUUGAUGCCUCAGCCAAAUACAAGGGUAUUUCUUUGAAUGAAGUUAUCCACCAAGGUCCCAAACUGCAGAGGGAACUUUUUGAUGUAUUGUUACGAUUUAGACGCAACCCAGUAGCACUUAUGAGUGAUAUUGCCGAGAUGUACCUACAGGUCAAAAUCUCUCCCGAUGAUCGGCCCUAUCACAGAUUCUUAUGGAGGUCCAUGAAACGAGAUGAGCAACCCACAGAGUAUGAGUUUAGUCGAGUGGUAUUUGGGGUGAAUGCAUCUCCUUUCUUAGCACAGUUUGUAAGUCAGGAAAAUGCCAAGAAGCAUCAGGGUGAUCUCCCAUUAGCAGCAGAAACUGUGCAAAAAGCAACAUAUAUGGACGAUAGCAUGGACUCUGUGGAGGAUGACAAUACAGCUAUUGAGUUGUAUAGACAGUUGGUAGAUCUUUGGAGUAGAGCUGGGAUGCGCCCUAGAAAGUGGCUUUCAAAUUCCCACCAAGUACUCAAUCAGAUACCUGUUGAAGACAGAUUGUCAGAAGUUCAGUUGAACAGUAGCUACUUACCUUCAGCAAAGACGCUCGGUCUCAUGUGGAUAGCUGAAAGAGAUGUCUUUACUUUCACUUCCCACAUACCUGAAAUGAACUCCACGAUAUCUAAAAGAAUCUUUCUUCGUCAAAUAGCAAAGCUAUUUGAUCCUUUAGGAUUUCUUGCACCCUUUACUGUGAGGGCAAAGAUCAUUUUGCAAGAAAUGUGGACAGCAGGGUUAGAUUGGGAUGAAGAACUAGACAAUAAUCUGAAAAGGAAAGCAUGUCAGUGGUUCAUGGAACUGGAAGAUCUUGCACUUAUCCAGGUACCAAGAUGUUUGCGCUGUGGUCACGAGGUCAAAGAAACUACACUCCACAGCUUUGUAGAUGCAUCUGAGGAUGCAUAUGGUGCUGUAGUGUAUGCUGUGAAUACUUACCAGAAUGAUGAAAUCUCCAGUGUCAUAAUUGCUGCAAAAGGACGAGUAGCACCACUGAAACCCAUUAGCAUUCCACGCAUGGAAUUUAUGGCAGCUGUUACUGGACUCAGAUUAUCUGUUGCAAUAACAAAGGCAUUGGAAGUGUCAAUAGAUAUCGUAACAUUUUGGACAGACAGUUCAAAUGUGUUGUCAUGGAUAAAGAACCAUAGCCGAACAUUCAAACCCUUUGUUGCAAACAGAGUCAGUGAAAUUCAAGAGAUUACGAAUCCAUAUCAAUGGCGGUAUGUACCAACUGCUAAAAAUCCAGCAGAUAUGUUGACCAGAGGAAUAGCUGCAUCAAAGUUGAUUGAUAAUCAAAGUUGGUGGUCAGGACCCCCUUUCUUGACUAGAGAUGAAGGUGAAUGGCCCCAAAGACUAUCUGAAAUAGAAAGUAAAAAGACAUGUAAGCUAGAAAAUGAAACUCUGAAAGAAAACAAGAUCAUUACAAUGGUAGUGAACAAAUCAUCGUGUGAUGAAUGGAGACUAAAAGCUACAAGAUACUCAGAUUGGAAAAGACUGGCAAGAAUCCAAGCUUGGGUAUACAGAUUCUUGAACAACUGUGUUGCACAAAAUCAUCAAAGGAUCUCCGGGGAACUAACAGCAGAAGAAAUUGAAACUGCACAGUUCAAAAUCAUAGCACAAGUGCAGAGAGAAGAAUUUCCAGCUGAAUACUCCUGCCUUGAUAAGAGAAAACCAUUGCCAACCAACAGUAAACUCUUGGGAUUACAACCGAAGUUGGAUGAAUGUGGAGUGAUGAGAUCUGAUGGACGAUUGGCUUAUGCUGAGCAUCUAUCUCCAGAGUCAAGGUUUCCAAUCAUCUUGCCACGCAGAAACUGGAUCACAACAUUGAUUGUGAAAUCUUAUCAUGAGGAAGGACAGCAUGUUACCGGAACUAAUCAGACAUUAGCGGCACUCUCAGCGAAGUUUUGGAUCCUCUCUGGUAGAGAGGAAAUUCGAGAAUGGGAGCGGGUAUGUUCACAAUGUCGAAAACAGAAAGCAAAAGUGGCGCACCAGAUCAUGGCUCCUCUCCCAGAAAUGAGACUAACACCUUCUCUACGUGCUUUCACACAGGCUUGA